UUAGGUGUGUUAUCAGAAGCAAACACACCGCAGUAAACCCUUGUCCGUGUCACCGUCCACCGUUAUCUGCGUCCUGGCCAUACUGACAAAUAACGCUAACGAACAAGCGUUGUUCGCCGCGACCAUGAGUCGGAUAUUUGCAUUAAUAUGCCUUUUACAAUUCUCAGCUGGUCAGAUACCUAGCCCCAAGCUCCCUCUGUACCCAUAUGGGUCGGAGGCGGGGGAUCAACUCUUGGAGACAGACAGCAACCUCCCACUCUACCUCGGUUACAACGUCAACUUCUAUGGCAGGAAAUACAACACCGCCUAUGUAACAGAGGACGGCUUUGUCGGAUUCGACGCCAACGUGAAAUACGAACAUUUUAUUUUCAAAGACGGAGCUCGUGACGUCAACCUAGAUUUCCCUUUCCUUGCGCCAUUUUACUUCGACGGAGAACACAUCACGAACGAGUACCAGGGAAACAUCUACUACAGACUGGUAUUUACUAACUCGAGCCAGAGCUUCUUGACGGAACUACAGUACUAUAUGCUGAAUGCUACAGUUGGCACAGGCAGCUUUGUACCUGACCUGGCUCUGGUUGUGACGUGGGAAAAUGUCACGGAUAAGUCACAAGUAGAAAACGGACCUUGUACGGGGAUUAGAAGCAAUCCUUGUAAGAGCGCCACAUUCCAGUUAGUCUUGGUUGCCUGUCCGAUGCAUACAUUUGUCAUCUUCAACUACCUGUGGGAGGAUGUUCCCUAUAAACCGUAUUACCAAGCUGGCAUAAACGGAGGGCAUGGCGUCGGGUGGACGCCAGUGUGUACCGGAUGUAGUCCCCAAGACCUUCCCAGGAAAAUAGGAAGUGACGUCACGGGAAGAUUCAUAUUUAGGGUUUCAAAAGAUACCAUCGAACGAGGCGGAUGUUCUGACAGUAGAAGGGACUUGCAGAUUCUUCCCACAGUUGUCGGGAUGUUAGGGGGUGAGCUACUGGACAUAUCUGGUCCGUGUAUGGACCCGGACGUGGCUGUCGUGUGUCGGUUCGGAAGCGGCGAGAGUGCAGUAACCUCCCAGGGGUUCAGGUUUAACUCCAUGAGGUUGAAGUGUCCAGUGCCGAGACUCACGCAGAGAGGGUCAGUGACGGUAGCUGUGUCCACAGACGGAGCUCACAGCUACUUGGGACAAGCGGACAUAUACGUAGUGUUACCAGCGGUCCUCGGUAAGAGUUUGUCCCUACCGGACAAUUGGUACUCUGUGACCGCGGACAGCCUCACCAUGUCCUGGGACUCUACAGCACUGUCAACUGACCCAGGGGUCAAGGUCGACAUCCGACUUAUAGGAUACUCGGAAACAGACACAAAUGUUAAUUGGAAGGUUCUAACGACUUUUGCGACAGGGACAGACAACUCUGGCACAUAUACCAUCACGCCCUCUCAGUACCAGUGUUUUCCCUCUGACUGUGACGUCUUCGAAGCCGCUGUCGUUGAGGUUGAACUUCAGAAGGAAUUCAUCAGCCAGGCCAACAACAGAACAGUGAUGAAUUCGGGACCUAUCGCCACUGGGUGGUAUAUCAAUAGCGACAUGACCCGUCGUUAUGGCGACGACUGGCCCCAACAACGCUGCAUGCAGUGGUACAACGCUGACCGACAGUCCAUGGACUGGCUUGACCAGCUGCUCAACUGUCCGUGCAACGUGGACCAAGCCCUAGCCGACUUCGGACGAUUUCAAACCGAUUUGUCUUGCAGCAUGUUCUCCAAAAGUCCUACCAUCUGUUACUACCAUCGUGAAGCAGGUCAGCGCAGUGCGGCCCAUUGCGUGCGGUCUAUCCAACCCACGUCUGCAGGGGCGGGCAAUCAAUGCUGCUACGAUAAGGACGGUAUUCUCAUGAACGCUGCCGACACCUACCAAGGCAGCACCCCCGACCGCAGCCACGACUGGGGCGCCGCCCCCUACAACACACCCGGCCACGUCCCCUCUUUUUCCCACUGGAUUAAGGACGUCGCCUCCUUCUAUUAUUGCUGUCUGUGGACGAAGUACAGCCACUGUAAUUAUUACAUGGACCAGCGGGCUACCCGGGACUGCAACGGGUACAACCCUCCUAAAGCAGCUAUUGCUUUCGGGGACCCCCACAUCACGACAUUUGACGGAAAGCUGUACAACUUUGGUGGCAAGGGAGACUUCUACCUGGUGAAGUCAGACCAGUUUUCUCUUCAAGGGAAGUUCGACUUGGGACAACAACUUCAGGUUAACCGCACCUUCAACGCCACUGUGCUGACGUCAGUGGCAAUGUCUGACUCGGUGUCAUCUGGCACCACAGUGGAGAUACAUCUCGCUCCCUCCGGUCUCAACAGUGGCAGGGGUCUCGAUGUCUUUGUCAAUAAAAAAAUCAAACUGUUUAACCAACAAGGCUUGUUUAAACAGGAUUUUGAAGGGGGUGUCACUGUUGUCAACGUUGCCAUCGACCCCGACGACAACCGUCACGACAACUUCACCGUCAUCCUGAAGUCCGGAGUAGGGGUGCAGGUAGCGGCGGCAAACAGACUCCUUCACGUCAUCGUCAACAUGCCGCCCAACUUUAAGAACAGGACCCAAGGGCUAAUGGGGACGUGGAACGGCGUUGUCGAGGACGACUUCACCCCAAGGAGUGGAAACAACAUUGACAUUGCAUCAUCACCACAGAUUGUGUACCAACAGUUUGCCAAGACAUGGAAAGCACCAAACGUCGAAUCAAUGUUCAAAAAUCCCACUGAGGCUGAUGACAGUUUUGUUCCAUCGUACAACCAACCCCAGAUACCCAGCGGGGCGGGCUUCUCAAGAGUAGACCUUGACCACACAUGUGGAGACAAUGCACAAUGCCGCUUCGACUACACGGUCACCGGAAAUAGAGAUAUUGCAAAUGCGACCAAAAUGGCGGCAGGCUGGUUCUCGGAGUUACAGAGUUUUCAGAGACCAGUUUUGUCGUGUGGCUUGCCUGAUGUUACACACGCCUCCAAAGACAACUAUAACUACUCAGUCGGCAACACCGUCACCCUCACCGGAUGUCGUAACGGCGGCUCCCUCAGCGGCGACACAACCUACGUUUGUUCCGCUGACUUCGGUGACCCCAAGUGGAUGCCCGCAGUGUCUGCGCAGUGUAGUGCUGCCUCAGACGAUGCCGGGAUUGGACCAAUUAUCGGUAUUGUUGUUGGUGUUGUUGCCGCUAUUGUCAUCAUAGUCAUCAUUGUCGUUGUAAUCGUGAAGCGUCGAAAGAACACAGAUCGUAAAGAAAGCAAAAAUACAGUUGCGUGACGUUUCAGAGGAGAACCAGAGGUUGAAGAGGGCCAAAAGGACGCUAUGAUGAGUGACCUGAAGAAACGGGAGUCGAAUGGUUCCGACAAGAAUGAAUAAUGUACACGGGGGAGCUCCGAGUGUAGCGAACAAAGAAGGUGGACAUUUUAAUGCUUGAAAAUAUCCAAGUAUGUUCUGAGGACAAGAUGACACCAAUUUAUCCCCAGGCACAGAAUAAUUUUCAUACAUUUUGUGAACGUGAUAUGUUGAAAGGUGAAGCGUCAGUUUUUUGUAUAUUAUAUUUCAUAUGAGUUAUAUUUCACAUAGGAAAUAAGGCCCAAAACGUUAAAAUAUUCUGCCCUUUUUUGUACAUACUAAUGCAUAGUUCGUUAUUUUCUAAUAUUCCAUCUACACUUAGAACUGGGUAGGUUACGCCGAGCUUUGGGUAAUAUGUGAACACACGAUGACGUCAAUAUUUGUGGCGCGGGUCAACAAAUGAGGUUGACGUUAAACCUUAAAAAAUCUAUGAACACGAGUUCGAAGACGAAUUAUGUGCCUUUUAAAAUAAUAUUGAAAAGUAAAGAUCAUAGAAACGAAAUUAUACAAUAUUAAUCUUUCCCUUUUAGCAUGCAUAAUUUUAUUCCCUCAUGUCCUUCGUGAAACGUCGAAAUAUUACAUGUUAUAAUUCGCAAUAGUAACACGUUUGGUUUAUGAAAGUACUUUCAAUGUUUGAGAUAACAUCUAUGCAGUCUCAGAUUGAAAACAACAAAGCCUUUUUUAAUGAUUCCAAAACAUAAAAUGCAGUUCCUCUCUAUCCUGGUUUUGUAAUAUGCAGAAUUCGGAGUCACAUAUCAAAUAUAUGCUGACAGAUCACAGUGGCUCUGUGAUAACUCCCCAAACAGCAUGACAGUGCUUUUACCCUACAAAUGGUCAUGUGUACAAGUGUGUUGCGUGUGCAUUAUACCCGUUGUGAGAGGAGGCGGCGAACUUUCAUUGUGUGUGAAGUAGCGUGAAAGAAAAUAUAGCUGUAGUCCCUCGCCGUGAAAUAAAAUCGAAACAACAAAAUAUUAGGAUUACCAUAGCUUUGAAUAACGAUCACAUGUGCAAUGUAUUGUGGGGCGUUUAAAAAGAAUUAAAGGAAUUCUUGCUUGCAUAGUUGAAGUAAUACUAGUGUAUAGACAGUUAAAUGUUGUAAAAGAGAGAGCUAGUGAUAACAGUUUUUAUUGGUUAAUAUUACUGUACACAAUAGGUCAACGAUUCCAUAUGAUUAUUGUAGCGAUUAGUUAGUAUCCGUUUUGUAUGCAUUUGCUUUUUGAAAUCUACGAAUUGCAUAUUGUUUGAAACUUUAUUCUUGUAAAUGAUUAAUCACAUGAUCCAGAUUCAAAUAUGUUUAUUCGUAUAUUAUGCUUUAAAAGUCAACUUGAUGUUCUUAAUAGUUUCAGGAAUAUCAUUGCAAGUCGUGGAGUCCAUGCCAUGAUUCCAUUUGUAUCCCCAUGGUUGCAUGUCACUACGCGUUUCGGCCUUCUUUGAUCUCAAGUUUAUAUGCGUUACAUAUCAAACUCAUUGUCAUUUAGUAUGCAAGUUUCAUGUCAUUUUCUGUACUCUCCAUGUGUCAUUUAACAUCCCAUUUUUGUUAUAUCAUACAUGAUAGCAUUAUGUACUUAAAAAAAAACCACGAGUUCAUAUCAGGUUUAGAUAUGUACGGUAGACUCUGUGUAAUCUGACACUAUUCAGGACUAGGGAAGAAUGUCGGAUUAGACAGAUGUCGGAUUAGAGUUUUAACCCUCGUGAAGCACCAAGCAUGACAUAUUUUUAUAUGAUAAUAUAUUGGACUGCCAGGACCAAAACGUUUUAUAUGAAUGGAUAGCCCACUGUAAUUUUUGGUUAUACAGUUUAAACUCGAACAUAAUUUGUCGGAUUCUACGAAUACUCAUUCAUGAAUCUAUUAUUACAUGGUAAUUAUAAGUACACCUUUAGUUUUUCUGAAGAUAUAACGACAGCGGAUAAUCAGUCUCGAUUGUCCGACGAAAUAGAUUCCAUUGGGUGUAAAAGGCUAAAUAGCUUUGAAAAGCAUAUGAAUGGAUCACUGAAAAUCAGUUAUGACACCAGGUGUUCCCGUAAAGGGUAAGCAGUCCUGCCCUAGUGAUGUGCACAGUACUGUAGAUGUCUGGCUUUGUAGUAUUCAAAAUCGAUAUAAAAUGUAUGGCGUGUUUCAGCAAUCAGUAACAGAUGGUGUCAUGUUUCCAGUUUGUGUGAGUUUCGUUAGACAAACACAGGAGCUUCUACGUAUUUAUAUAAGAAAUCACCCGUGCACUGUGAUUAAAUGAGCUUUGGAUAUCAAUGAAUGUUAGAUGAAUAAAAACUUUUACGUCUA